CUGAUAAUAUUAAAUAAUUCUUAAAUGCUGACAAAACGUUGAGUUGUCUCAAUUGCUAAAGUCACAAGAAUCGAAAUUUAAUAAUCAUGAAAUUAAUUGUAAUUUUGUUUAUCAUUAAAACAGUUAUUUCAUUACGUUCUAGUGAUCAUCAUCAAUUAUCAAUUCAUAAAAUUCCACUUGGUUCUGAAGCGACAUUUAAUUGGCGAAUACAGCCAAUUGAUGAAACAGUUGAAAUUGAAAUUCAUUAUUCAGCUGAUGAAUUUUCAUGGUUUGCUAUUGGCUUUUCAAAACGUGGUGAAUUUAAAAAUGCUGAUUAUUGUGUACUGUGGAUUGACUGGCAUCGUGAUGUUCAUUUUAAUGAUGCUUGGUCAAAUGAAAAUGGAAUAUUAAAUAUAGAUGAACAUCAAGAUUGCAAUGGAUUUGUUUGGAAAAAACCAGACAUAAAUAAUUUAACUAAAUUUGCAUUUACACGUAAAUUUGAUACUUGUGACGUGCAUGAUUAUGUUAUCGAGAGAGGUACCACCCACAUCGUAUGGUCUAAAGGAACUGGUCCAUUAUCAUCAUUAAAUGGACUUGAUAUUAUUGCUGAUUCAACAUCAUCAAGCAUGUCAAGAACUGAACUUCUCAAAUUUGGUAAACAUAUUAAUAAUAUAUUUCCAACAGACACAUGGAAAUAUGAGCUUCUUGCUGAUCAAGUACGUGUUCCUGAUGUUGAAACAACAUAUUGGUGUCGUGUACAAAGACUUCCGCAUAUAUUAUCUAAAAAACAUCAUAUAUUGCAAUUUGGACCAGCUAUUCAAAAAGGAAAUGAACAUUUAGUUCAUCAUAUGGAAGUUUUUCAUUGUGCUGGAUCAAUUGAUGCAUCAGUACCAUUAUAUAGUGGACCAUGUGAUUCACCAGAUCGUCCUCAAGCAACUCAAAUAUGUAAAAAAGUAUUAGCAGCAUGGGCAAUGGGUGCUGAUGCAUUUGUUUAUCCAAAAGAAACUGGUUUAUCAAUUGGUGGUGAACAAUUUAAUCCUUAUAUUAUGCUUGAAAUACAUUAUAAUAAUCCUGAACGUAUUAAAGAAAAAAUUGAUUCAUCAGGAAUUGAAUUUUAUUUAACUGAAACAUUAAGAAAAUAUGAUGCUGGUGUUAUUGAAUUGGGUCUUGAGUAUAUUGAUAAAAUGGCUAUACCACCACGUCAGGAAUCAUUUGAACUUUCUGGACAUUGUAUUGCUGAAUGUACUGGUGUUGGAUUACCACAAUCUGGUAUUUAUGUAUUUGGAUCACAGCUUCAUACUCAUUUAACUGGUACAAAAGUUCAAACUCGUCAUAUAAGAGAUGGACAAGAAUUAUCUCCUCUUAAUUAUGAUAAUCAUUAUUCAACUCAUUUUCAAGAAAUACGUCUUUUACCUAAACCCGUUCACGUUAUGCCGGGUGAUUCAUUGAUAACAACAUGUUCUUAUAACACACUUGACCGAGAGAAUGUGACACUUGGAGGUUUUUCAAUAUCUGAUGAAAUGUGCGUCAAUUAUAUUCAUUAUUAUCCAAACGCAAGACUCGAGGUUUGUAAAAGUUCAAUAAGUGAUGAUGCAUUGAGAACAUAUUUUCGUUACAUGCGUGAAUGGGAAAAUCAAAAAACAAAUUUCGACGAUGAAAUAUCAACAAGUUACAAGAACAUUGAAUGGACUAAAAUUAGAGUUGCAGCUCUUCAUGAUUUAUACCAAGCAGCACCACUAAGUAUGCAAUGCAACAGUUCAGAUGGAUCACGUUUACCUGGUUUAUGGGACAAUAGUGCUGCAACACCUGUUAAACUUCCACUUGCACCACCAGCUCGUGAUUGUCCCAGUAUCAAUAGCCACAACAACAAUCUUGAUCAAUCAAUGUAAUUUAAAAUUCAUCAACAAAAUUAACACCCAAAUAAUUAUAUGGUAUGCCAAAAAAAUAAUUAAUUUAGUUCACAAUGAUAUAUACUUUCUUUUUUAUUUUAUUAUUAUUAUUCUUGUCAUUUUAUUUAUUUCAUACAAUCAAUUGUUUUAACACUGAGUAAAAAAUUGUACAAAAAAAAAAAAACAGCUGAUUAAGAAAAAAAAAAUCUCUUAUCUUUUUUUUUGUUUAAUUAUAUUUAAAUUAAAAUUCAUCAAACAAAUAUCAUAAUACAUAAUACAAUACGACCCAAAUUUAAUUUAAUUUCUUUUUUUUUUUUUUCACACAUUUAAAAAUUAAGUUAAACAUUUAAAAUAAACAUAUAAAUAAUUUUAAAAAAAUUUAUCCACACACACAUAAAAAAAAUGAGAACAAAAAAAAAGGUAAUUAUUUUUAAAUUUACCAAGCGAAUUUAAGAUUUUUUUUUUUUUUUUUUUUCAUAAUAUUAUUUAUCAAAGUAUUAAAAAAAUGUUUGUUUUUUUUUUAU